AUGUCUUCCGUGGCCACGAGAACAGCACCGGCUCCUAUGCCGCAAGUCCCCAAUAGAGAAGACCUGACUGCAACAUGGAAAUACCUCGAGUAUGGCGUAGACAAGAUCAUGGUCGAUUUAAAAAAUGGCAUUGACAUGAACCUUGCUGUGAGCAAUGCACCACCUGGAAAUGUUAUCGGAGGGGCUCAUAGGGGAGCACAUUUAUUGGGGGAGGACCUUUACCAAAACCUUAUCCAAUACCUUACCGGAUACCUCAAAAACCUCGUCAAGCUAUCGAAAACACACUCCGAUGAAGCCCUUCUAUCUUUCUACAUCCGGGAAUGGGACCGAUAUACCACCGCAGCCAAGUACAUCAACCAUCUCUUCCGGUACCUCAAUCGGCAUUGGGUGAAGCGGGAGAUGGAUGAGGGCAAGAAGAAUAUUUAUGAUGUCUACACAUUACAUCUCGUACAAUGGCGACAGACUCUGUUCAGCGAGGUGAAUGAGAAGGUCAUGGAUGCGGUCCUGAAGAUGAUCGAAAAGCAGCGAAACGGAGAAACCAUUGAGCAUGGCCAAAUCAAGAGCAUUGUGGGUUCAUUUGUCUCCCUUGGUCUUGACGACUCCGAUUCCACGAAAUCUACCCUUGACGUCUACCGAUUCCAUUUCGAGAAGCCAUUCUUAGAAGCUACCAAGGCUUUCUACCAAGCCGAGUCUAAGCAGUUUGUAGCCGAGAACAGCAUUGUCGAAUACAUGAAGAAGGCUGAGGCUCGUUUGGACGAGGAAGAGGAGCGUGUCGAGAUGUAUCUCCAUUCAGACGUUACUAUUUCUUUGAAGAAGACUUUACAUGGUGCUCUGAUAUCCGACCAUUCUACAAUCCUUCGAGAUGAGUUCCAAAUUCUGUUGGAUAAUGACAGAGUUGAUGAUAUGGAACGCAUGUACAAGCUUCUUGCCCGUAUACCUGAUGGUCUCGACCCUCUCCGAGCCAAAUUCGAAACCCAUGUCCGCAAGGCGGGCCUGGAUGCUGUCUCCAAGGUCGCUGUCGAUGCAGAUAAGCUUGAGCCCAAGGUGUACAUUGAUGCAUUGCUCGAAAUUCACAUCCAAUACCAAGGUCUUGUCAAGAAGGCCUUCCAGGAUGAGCCCGAGUUUACUAGAUCGCUGGAUAACGCCUGCAGAGAAUUUGUCAACCGAAACCCAGUCUGCAAAUCCGGGUCCAACAAGUCUCCAGAGUUGCUAGCCAAGUAUGCCGAUGCUGUUCUGAGAAAGGGCACCAACGGAGCAGAGGAGAGCGAUCUAGAAAAUACCUUGAACCAGAUCAUGACUGUUUUCAAGUACAUUGAAGACAAGGAUGUGUUCCAGAAGUUCUACUCUCGCAUGUUGGCCCGUAGACUGAUUCACACCACCUCUUCGUCAGACGAUGCUGAGACUAGUAUGAUCAGUAAGCUGAAGGAGCAGUGUGGUUAUGAAUACACCAAUAAGCUUCAGCGUAUGUUCCAGGACAUGCAAAUCUCCAAGGAUCUGAACAGUGGUUAUAAGGAGUUUGAGGGCAAGCUCGUAGAGCCAGGGGAUGCCCGACCCUUGGAUGCUUCUUACUCCAUCUUGGGUACUGGUUUCUGGCCACUGAGCGCACCACAAACCGAUUUUACGCCACCUGCGGAGGUUACUAAAGCUUACGAACGUUUCCAGACUUUCUACGGUCAAAAGCACAGUGGACGAAAGCUUACUUGGCUCUGGCAAUUCUGCAAGGGUGAGGUCAAAGGCAACUGGUGCAAGAACCAAAAGACCCCCUACAGCUUCCAAGUCUCUACCUAUCAGAUGGCAAUUAUAUUACUGUUCAACGAGAGUAGUACGAACAGCUAUGAAGAUAUCAAGAAGGCCACUCAAUUGCAACCCGACGUUAUGGAUCCUGCGUUGGGAAUCUUCCUCAAGGCUAAGAUUUUCAACAUGAGUCCCGAGGGUGACAAGCCUGGACCUGGCAAGGUGUUCAGCCUCAACACUGAUUUCAAGAGCAAGAAAAUUCGGAUGAAUCUCAACAUUGCUAUCAAGUCUGAGCAGAAGCAGGAGGUCGAGGAUACCCACAAGACAAUUGAGGAGGACCGCAAGCUACUCAUGCAGUCCGCUAUUGUGCGUAUCAUGAAGGCCCGCAAGAAGAUGAAGCACAAUUUGCUCGUCGGCGAAUGCAUCAAUCAAAUAAAGACCCGCUUCCAGCCCAAAGUCGGCGACAUCAAGAAAUGCAUCGACAUUUUGUUGGAAAAGGAAUACUUGGAGCGUCUAGAUGACGACGAACUUGGUUACCUUGCAUGA